CUGGAAGUUGCUCCAGAGAGCCUCUGCUGGUCUGUCCCCAGGAGAAAAGUUGAAUCUGUGCUCCAGGAAGCAGCCAUGGAUGACACGGAUGUCGAACAAGUGACACUGGCUCUACUGGAUGCAGCCAAUGAUAAGGACUCAAACGUCCAGGAGCAGGUCAGAAAGUCUAUGCUGACUUUGGGAAAGCAGCAGCCAGAUCGAGUGCUGGCUAUGUGUCAGGACUACCUCCUGAAGAACCCAAAGCUGGUGGUGACCCACAGAAUUGUGAUUCUUCAGACUAUUGAGCUGAUAGUCGGCUGCAGUAUAGAAGAUCUGAGCGCGCUCAGAAUAAAGAGCCUCAUCUCUCUGGCCUCAGAUGAAAUGACUCGAUCAAAGGAGGUCAUUCGUAACUGGCAGAAGGCAGCCAGUAACAUCUUGGUUGCUGUAGGAAACAAAUACAUUAAUGAAAUCAUGGAGGAGAUACUAAGCAAGUUCCAGCCAGGGGUCCUGCCUCACUACUUUGUGGUCCAAACACUAGCCAACCUUUCGGAUUCAAACGUUUAUGGGAUGGUACCGUUCAUAAAUGCCAUACUGGGCACCAUGUUGCCUAUGCUGGGCAUGGCCAAACAGGACAACAUGAAGUGGGUCUUCUCAUCUGCUUUGUGCCAUUUCAGCGACAGCAUCUUGGAGUAUUUGGCCAACCUGGACAAAGCUCCAGAUCCCACCGUCAGAAAAGACACGUUCUCCAAUGAAAUCUAUUCUGCUUUUGAUAUCCUCUUCAAUCACUGGUUACAAAGCAGAGAUUCUAAGCUGAGGCUGACAGUGGCUGAGGCAGUGGGUUCGAUGUGUCAUCUCAUGCCCAGUGACAAACUGGAAGAACAGAUCCCCAGAAUCAUCCCAGCCAUCAUGUCCCUGUACAAGAAAAACACCGAGCACAACAUCAUUAGCAAGAGCCUCUGUCAAGUCCUGGAUGCGUCUGUCAACAUGGGCAGCAGAGUACUGGAAACGCAACUAGAAAGCCUUCUGUUUGCUCUGCAUCAGCAGGUGUCUGCCCCUGUUGAUUACAGUGACCCCCCUACUGUCAAAAACCACCAUGAGGUCCUGCGCUGCUUCAGCCUGCUUGCCAACUCUUUCCCAGACCGGAUGGUGAUGUUCGUCCUUCAGAGGUUGGAGAACAGUAACGAACGAAGCAGGCUGGGCUCCCUGGCUGUGCUCCGUCACCUCAUCAACUCCUCCACUUCUACGAUGGAGAGCAAAAAGCUUCUUAUUCUGGCCAGUAUUAGACAGCCAAUGGCUGACCACAGUAACAAGGUGAAGAAGCGUGUGGUCCAAGUAAUCAGUGCCAUGGCUCAUCAUGGUUACCUGGAACUGGAGGGAGGAGAGUUGCUGGUUAGGUUCAUAGUUCAAAACUGUUCUUUACCUGACACACACCAGAGAGGUCAGAGACCCCACGAUCCAGAGGAAGUGACUAAUGAGGCGCUGAGGGCCAUGUGUGACAACACACUCCAUCUCCUGACCACCACUGUUGGACGACUAGCUGAUGUACUAUGGCCCAAGCUGCUGUACUAUCUGACCCCUUCACAGUACAGCAAUGCCACAACACCUCUCUGUAAGAGCCUCAUAGUGCUGGGAACCAAGAAGAAAAGCAACCAGGAGCCCAGCUUCAAUAUAAACUUUAAACAAGAGGGAAAUCUGCCGUCUCCUCAAACUCUUAUGAUCAGACUGCUGGUCAACGCAGCGUUCCCGUUCAACUGCAGAAGUCAUGGAGCCCCGUCCUUAUCUCUCCUUCAAAUCCUCGGCAUCAGUAUUCACCCCAACACAGAGAAAGUCUGGGAGAAAGAAGUACCUCCUCUGAUUUCACUGUUGGAAGAGUCAACAGCAGAGAGUCUGGAUAAGGACGAGUGGGAUGAGAGGCUGCUUAGUCUCUUGUCUAUAACCUUGACAUCAAUACAAGAUGACAAGUGGGUGUGUCAGCUGGCUGCUGAAUCAACAAAAUACCUCUCUACAUACAACAACGCCCUAGAGGAGAAGAGCUUUCUGUAUCGAUGCAUCGGAGUGACUCUCCAGCACUGUUUCAAUAAAGAGGUUGUGAAGAAGCAACUGCAAGAAGUCCUCCUCACAGCACGACACAGUGAUGCUGUGGAAAGAGAGGGAGUUGCAAUGGGCGUCGGUUUGUGUGCCAACAGCCAUUUAGAGGGAACUUUAGCCAAACUCGAUGAGUUUGGAAAAUCAGACGCCUUCAAAAAGACCCCAAGCAUCUUCAACCUGCUGAAGGAGCGUAAUGAUGUUGAGGUAGAGAAGGUGAAAAGCACAUUAAUUUUGUGCUACGGUCAGGUGGCCUUGAAUGCACCGCCAGAAAAGAUUCUCAGCCGCAUUGAUCAAGACAUCCUGCGCUGCAUCAGUAAACAUUUCAAUACUAAGGUUCUGGGGAUUAAAGUAGAGACAAAGGACCUGACUAUGAAGCUCAGUCUGAUCCAGAGUGUUGGAUUCAUAGCCAAAGCCAUCAGCGAGUGUGUAACUAAACAAGGCUACAUCUUCUCUCGCAAACAGGAGCUCAUUACUGUCAUGCUGGAUUUUAUCAAGUCGGAGCCAGCAGAUUCACUGAGGACUCCAUUGCGCUCUCUGGUGAUGACCACAUGUGCUAACCUUGUACCCCUGAACCCCCCACUGAGUGAGAAUGAGAGCUUUGAUUUGCUAAAGGUUUGUGUGAAUGGUGCGUUUUCUCUUCCACAUGAGAUGCACACUCCAGAGAAAACCAAAGAGGAAGAGGUACUUGACCCCAAGCAGAGAAAGGCUUUGUACAGAGACACGCUAGCUGCUUUGCAGGAGCUGCUGAAGAGUGUCCUGGCCAGAGAUCCCACACCUGACGGCUUGCAAGGUGUCUUUAAGCACAUUGAAUCAUGGCUGGGCUCAGUACAUGACCAUGAGAGGGAGAGGGCCAUCACAACCACCGCCCACAUACUGUCUUACUAUCUGGAUAACCUCAAUGUCAAGAGCAUGGUGUCUUUUCACAACCUCGGAGCUCUGCUAGGUCGAUUGUCUCCUCGGUGUUCAGACCCUGACCCCACUGUACGCUCUGCUGCCAUAGACUGCAUAUACACACUGCUUUGUAUACAGCUACGAUAUGAGGGCUUCUCUUUGGAUUAUAAAGAUGAUGCUGUUGAAGGUCUGCUAAAUUUUAAGGCGCAACUGGAAAACCCGGACCAUUCAGUUCUUUACAAGACCUGCUCAGACCUCACCAAGGUGAUGAGCAAGCGUCUGCCUCAGCAGCAGCUCACAACGUUGGUGUUCAUGUUGUUUGAAGUGCUGGCCGACAGUCAGACAAACUGCUGCAGAGCUUCAUCUGUCAUCUUAAAUACUCUGCUGAAGAACAGAGGAGCAGGACUGCAGGAUCUGGUCCCAGAGAUGUUGGAGGUAUUACAUGUGCGUCUACAAAGCAUCACAGAUGAGCAGGUGAGAGUAGCAGUGGGACAAACUGUACUAAUCCUGGCUUCUCAGCAUCUGCAAACUGUUAUUAAUACACUUGUUAACCAACCUCUACCUUAUGACAACUGGACCUGUGAGAUGUGGAUGGCACUGGGAGCUGAUCCAAUGGUAGCCAAUCAGAUCAUAGAGAUGGUGAUGGAGAAACUUGCAAUCACUGCACCAUAUGUGGACAAGAAGGAGUCAAUGAUGAGGGGAGGGACAACAAAGGUGGCCACCAGUCAGCCACUGGCUAUGACGUGCGGUCUUAAAGAGUUGUUGUUAAACGGGCAGAGUCAGGAGCCAGCCGUCAGUCUGUUCCCUCGGAUCUUCUCCUGUCUCACCAUCCGACUGGGAACGAGUGUUGGAGUCUUGGCACCGAAGGACAACACUCAGAAACGCCCUGCCUCCAUCCAUGUAGCAGGGGUAGCAGCUGAUGCUCUGAGGAUUUUAUUAGCACGAGCUCAGUUAGAUGAGGUGAUGAAAAGACUAGAUGAAGAUGACGCUUGGGAUGCGAUAAAGGAACAAAGUACACACACAAAAGGAGUAACACUAUUAGCCAGGGCAAUGGCAAAGCAUGCUGGUCCCAGGUUGCCUGCAAUCGUCGAGUGUCUCUGUCCAUCACUGAACAACAUCUACGAAUGUCAGAGAAUCACCGUCACAGCUUUCUUCUCAGAGCUGUUGAACCAUCAUGUGGUGACAGAGCUGAUGUUGAUAGACGUGUUGAUGAACAACAUGAUGGAGAGAAUAUCAGAUCAGUGCUGCACAGUCCGCAUGCUGGCUGUACGUGGACUGGGAAACAUAGCGGAAGGAUCACCUGAGAAGGUGAAUAAAUAUGCCAAAGAGCUUCUGGCAGCCAUGAGUUCAGGAAUGGAGGAGAAAGAUGAUCCAGGUAAACUGAUUACCCUUGAAGCCAUGUCUGGUCUUUCUAAAGUUCUCCAACACCUGGACAAGAAGAACGUCAGCCUACUUGUGGUCUACAUCUUCAUGAAGAUUAAACCAUUCCUGGAAAGUGAUAAUGAUGAAAUCCGAUGUGCGUCCAUCGUUCUGAUGGGGAACCUGUCCAAGUUUGGUUCAGGGGAGCAGGUGUUCAAAGAUCAGAUCCACAACGUUCUGGUCAGCUUACUGUUGCACCUAGUGGACCCAAACCCACAUGUUGUCAAGGCGUGCAAGUAUGCGAUGAGAGUGUGUGCUCCUGUGGUGGGAUCUGAGCAGAUCACAGCCAUGUUUCAGAACCACCUGCUUGAAGACAAGAGCUUACACUAUGGAGAGUUUAUCAACGACCUCACAAAAUACCUGAUUCAGGACUUUCCAGGCAUGCUGAACUUUUACCACAUCUCAGUCAUCCAGUUCUUCAAGAGCAACUGGCCCGAGGUCAGAGCAGCGGCGGCCAUGUUUAUAGGCUUCCUGCUGGGGAAUCUCACACAGGAGCACCGCUCUCACCUCAACAUGGGCACCAUCACCAAAGGUUUAGUGAUGCUGCUCCAAGACCCAGACCCUGUGGUGAGAGUGAAGGCUGCCGAGGCAAUGGGCCACUUCCACUGACACCAUCCCAUCAAACACAGAAACCAUGGUGGUCAGGCACUACUGAAACAGUUUUAACUCAAAAUUAGUCAAUGUUUUAGUAAAACUGCACAUCUUGAACAUUCAUCAGAACCAAAAUGGACCAAGACUGGAGAAAUGGUUUGCACAGGCCAAAUGAUCACGUUUUAUUAUUAAUGUAUCGGACCAAUGAUCAAUGAAAAUGCACCAACUUAAAUAUUUAUACAGUGAACUGUUAGCAGCUCCAAACUGCUUCUUUGACAUUUCACU